AUGAAAAGCUUCAUUACGUGGUGUUGUGUCUUGGCGUUCCUCUGGAUGCCAAUUCUGGCGGAGGAGGACGAUGAGGUGGAUCGGGAGCAGCAAAAGCGACAGACAAUCUUCAGCACAGCCUCAACACUUCCCGGUGACUCCCUCCUUCAUGACGACCAUGAGGCCACGUCAGGAGCCCUAGUGGCAGCUCCCACGGCCACACCAGCGCCCAUUGUACAGGCUCCGGCCCAUUCUUACGUGGCUCGAACUAUUCUCCCAAUUGCUCGGCCUGUGGCUCUCCCUCUUCCCGCAUAUCCUUUCGCCUAUCCUCUCCACAAGCCCAUCUAUCCCUUCCACCUGGCGCCCUAUCCUCUGGCUCACGCCUUUGCUCCAGCGCCUGUUUAUCUACCGCAAACACACUUCCCAUCGACAGCCCUCAAAGUCGUCCCAGCGCCAAAUCUCGCGCCCUCCUUCGCCCCAAUCUACCCUCGAUACACAGUGACGCCCUUUGGAUUCGGAUACCAUCAAGGAUACCAUCCAGCCCUGAAGUUCUUCUAG